GCACGCAUGUGUCGCUGCAGCUGUUGUUUAGCGCCGUGUUGCAGUACGUGCUUUAAAAAAAACUAUGCAGCCACAGACUUUCUAACUCUCACCAACCACCGAUGUGUUCGUUUUCUGCUUCAGCUGUAGACUGAGAAGAUGUGGCAGUGAAGAGGAUGCCUUCAGAUAAUAUCUUGUUUUCUCUACAAGAAAGCUGUCUAAGAGUCUAACCAGGUGCCUGAGCAAGGACCAGGGUUUUUGACAUAAUCGAGCAGUUUCUAAUGACUUUGGGCUUUAAAUGUCAAUAUGGAUGGCAUUGAGGAGAGCUACAUCUGGGAGCGCCGCAUUGCCCAUGGCAUUAGGUAUCAAAAAGGAGCAGUCCCCUUCCCAGAAUCGGUUGAUAUUGGUCUGGAGUUCAAUGCGGCACUUGAAAGGAAGGAGAAGUUGGAUCAGAGCCUGCUGACGAAUAGUGUUAUGCUGGAAAUUUGUCAGUUUGCCAAAACAGUGACCAGGUCUGAGAAGUAUUUCCUGUUCGAAAUGCUGGAGUUCAACUUCGACCUCGGCUUUGACAUAAACAACGACAGUCUGUGCUACAUCUAUGCAGUUCGUGUCCACAACAGAAUUAAACUCCUGAAGGAGCAAAUAAAGAUGAAGCCAAAUAGAUGGAAAGAAACAUUUCAGUUGCCAAAUCCAAGUGUUUUAGCCGGGUCCAAAGAAGACGUGUCGGGACGAUACUGUCCAAAAUGGAACAAAAUUGCUGAUAGUUCAGUGCUCACUGUCUCCAGCAAGAACUGUCAGUCUUCAGACAACCACGAAGCUGAAACUACCAGAGAUGCUAGCAAUAAAUACACUGUAAAAAAACAAGGAGGAAUCCGUUUGAGAAAAACACUGGGCGCUAACCCUUUCUGUGCACAACUUGGUGUGACCCUAGCUGUUCGACCAAGUCACGCCCCCAAACAGAAACUGGAUCCAAGUCUGCUCACCAACGGUGUGAUGAUAGAGAUGCUUGAUUUUGCCCGAGUGCUGUGUGGAAAACACACUUACCUAGUUUAUGAACUGGUCAAGCACAACUUUGGUUAUGCUUUUGAUAAACCUCAGUUCCGAAUGUGUCUAAACAGGGUGAUCGAGAGAAAAUACACCUGUCUGACAGCUGAGGACAAAGACACCUUCAGAAAGGAACUUUUUAAGAUCCCGGCUGAGAAGAAUAAAUUGGAAUAUAAAGGUAAAAAACGAAAAACACCUGAUGCAGAUAACCAAGAACUGGAAGCACAAAUUCUGGCCACCAAUAAAAGACAAACACGGAAGCAGCAGGCUAGCAGAAUGGAGGAGAUGAAGGAGGAUGAUUUGUCAUACAUGUGUCCUGUUGAGUUUGAGACCGAAUUGCAGUCAGAAACAGAAGCUGAGCCAGAAAAUGUGAAACCUGAAAGUUGUUUGUCAGGAACGGAGGUAGAAAUGAACGUGCUGCAGGAUGUAAAGCCAGAAGAGGAAGAAGUCUUCAUCUCACCAAUGCAGCCUCUGAGUUACAGCCACAAAUCGUCUUCGUCACCCACACAGACAAAGGAUGCAAGUCAAGAAUCAUACUGGUGUCUGUUCUCUGAGGGAAGAUGUGCAGAAACCCCAAAGCAGAGGCUGUGGCUGAGGCGCGCCGCUCGCACACAACAGAUCCUGACGUCGAGCCGAGUCAAUGAUAUGUUCGCCCACUGCAGAGAGAUCGGAUUAGACUUCAACUUUUGUUCACCAAAACGGAGCUUAGAUCUACAACUGUUGACCAACUGGGUAAUGUGGGAGGUUUUCAAGUUAGGAACUGCUUUGUCGAGGAGUGUACGCAGUUUUUUAUUUGAAAUUCUCUUAAACAACUUUACUCUUACGCUCCAAGAUGAGCAACAUGAGCGCAAUUUCUUAGUUUACAUGAUGGCAAAACAUAAAAAUCUUGUGAACCACCCGAAGAGUCAGAAUAUGGAUUUUCUCUGCAAGCCUUUCAAACUCCCUGAGAUAUACCACAUGGUUGAUGUGACCAGCAGUUUUCAGACUCAACAGGAACUCCAGAGUCAAGGGCAGAAAGGGUUAGAUUCAUCAGAUUCUGCAAAGAGGGAAGAAGCUGAACAAGAAGAACACCCUUUUUGUAAAAAGUUGGGUCUAAAUCUUUGGUCAACCGUAGAACGCCCGUCAGACCAGAAGCUUGAUUUGACCAUCCUGACAACAGGCGCUGUGCUUGAGAUCUUCAGCUUUGUAAAGGAGCUGUGUGGUGAGGCCCGCAAUACUGUUAAUGACAUCCUUGAGCACAAUUUUGAUCUUCAUCUGCAAAGUGGUGAGACUGAGGCUGCGCAGAAGAUCCAGAGAUGGUACACAACACAGAAAAGCUUGAUGAAAAAGCAAAACAUGUCACCGAAAAUCAACAGGUGGUUAAAUACGAUUGUCCCGCUGAAGGGCAACUUGCAAGAGAUUCCUCACUCACCAACCGAAGAUGGGGACCCAGAUCCAGAAGGGGAAUUGGACGGCUUUGGUGGAUUUGUCAAACGCUUUGACUACCAGAACUGCAAGGAGAUCGGACUGGACCUCGACCUCGGCUCCAAAUCAGAAACCAAAACGAAACUGGAUUUGAAGGUUCUGACAAGAGGAGUUUUGUUUGAGUUGCACCAAUAUGUGCAACAAAAUUACAACCGAUACGUUCCUGCUCUGUAUGAGAUUCUGGAGUACAACUUCGAUCUGAGCUCUCAGAGUCACCGGAAGGUGGAGUUCGCCUGGUCCAUCGCCUCACAGGUCAUAUCCAUGACUGGCAAAAAACGCAGAAAAGGGGAUUACCUGACCAAAGUUUUUGAGCUCCCUUUCGAGGCCUCAAAGGUCCCUGAGUCUUCCCAGGUGGUCUUUAAAGAGGAGCCGAAGGAUGACUUUGGCGAGCCGGACUUUGGCGAGCCGGACAAUGAUGACAUUGUGUUUGUCCGAAAACUGAAGCCUGUUGAUAUGGAAGUCGAGAUAGAAUAAAGUUCCAGCUGCUGUUUGUA